AUGGCUUCCGUUGCCGCCGACCCGCACGCUGCCCUCGCUGGCGCGGGGACGCCGCCCCACGGUAGUCCCGUCGCGGCGAAGAGGGCGGCCGCCACCGCGUGGAAGCGCCCGGAGAACGGGCCGGUGCUGGUGGCGCCCGGGAGCCCCAUCAUGGACGCCGACUCCUGGCCGGCGCUUCCUGGGCUGGCCUCUCCCCAGCCGCCCACACCGCCCAAGGCGUCGCCUAAGGCCGCUCCUCCCCCUUCCACUGUGGCAGCUAUCUUGCCCGUGUCCUUGGACAUCUCCGACGCUCCGGAUGCUACCCCUGAUCAGGAUGCACUGGAGACAGUGAUUUUACCGGUGUCUUUGGACAUCUCUGGCGCUCCGGAUGCUACCACUGUUAAGGACGACGUGACCAGUAGUCCACCAGUCCGGCGUGUGUUGAUGAUGCCUGCAGGGGAUGACGGGCCAGAGAUGCAUGCUCUUAUUCCAGAGCAAUCUGUAGGAUACUCUCCUAAUGCCCGGAGCAAUGGUACCGGCGUUCAUCAUCAAAAUGGCCGUUUUGGUUCCCAUCCUCAUGGCCGAGGUGGCAGUUAUGGUGGGGGGAGCAGAAGGGGUAAUGGUGGAGGUGGUAGUCGCCAUGGUCAUGAGCACCAUGGUGGGUUUGAUGGGCAACGGCGUGGUGGCGGCCGUAGAGAUGGACAUGGGCCAGGGCACCAGCAUCGAGUUCACCAGCCAUCGUUCAUUAGGGCUCCUCCUCCUCUGGCUGUUUUAGCGGCGGGACCUCCUGCGCCACCAUUUGCCGGCCCUGCCACUCCACAGACACCACCUUAUGGAACUGCUGCUCCACAGACACCACCUUAUGGGGCGCCUAUGGGAUUCCCUGCAGAGAUGGCACCUCAUGUUUACUAUUUUGCCGUGCCCCCUUCGGAUGGUCUUCAAGCCCUUCCUUUUGCGCCUCCUCCACCAACCCCUCCAGCCAUGCUAAUUUCUCCACUGGAACAACUUCAAAGGGACCUACUGGUGCAGAUAGACUACUACUUUAGUGAUGAAAAUUUGUGCAAGGACAUAUUCUUGAGGAGACAUAUGGAUGACCGUGGUUGGGUGCCAUUAUCCUUGAUUGCUGGCUUUAACCAGGUCCAAAGGCUCCUAUAUUGUAUUGGACAAGUCAAAAACUUGACUAAUAGUUUACAGUUUAUCUUGGAUACAGUCAUGCAGUCUACUGUGGUGGAAGUACAGGGUGACAAAAUACGGAGGCGUGCAAGAUGGGAGAUUUGGUUGCUUCCCAGACCAAAUUAUUCUGAUGGAAAUUCUUCUGGUUCACGUUCCCCCGUGACAUCCAACAUUGAUUCAUUGGCGUCUCAGCUUCAAUCUGUUGGACUUGAGGGGACAUACUAUCCUCGUGAAGCUCUCCUUACUAGAUCAGCAACUUCAGUUAGUAUAGGCUAUCAAGCACCUACCUUCAGAGGACUACACAGCAAUGGCAGUGGGCCUAUUUUUGGGCAGCAGACCGAGAGAAGUUUACUCAGAAGCGAUACCUUUUGA